CAACUUUCGAGCAAGGAAAAUCGUGUGUUCAAAGGUGCGAAAAGGCCAGGCAAAAAUCUUUUCCGACUACGAAUUCUAGACCACACCAAUGGCGUCCCUGUGCGGAAGAAUGGUGCUGGCCGCGGCCAAGCGCAACGUGACCUACACGCCGGUGCGAUUCUGCAAAAUGAUGAACGAUCCGAUCGAACAUGCCACCGGUAUCGAGAAGCGUGAGCUGCUGGCCAAGCAAGCCGGCAACCCGGAUCCCUUCGACAUGCGCGUGUUCAAGCGUGGACCGGGCACCAAGGAUAGCCCCAACCUGAUUCCGUCGGCAUUCGAUGCGCGUUUAGUCGGUUGCGUUUGCGAGGAAGAUCAAACCUAUGUCCAGUGGAUGUGGCUGUAUCAGGGUCAACCGAAGCGCUGUGAGUGCGGACACUGGUUCAAGUUGGUAGAGAAGGCCCCCGUUUAAGUGGAGGGCAAAGUUCACCCCUGCCACCGCUGUAGAAAUGAAAGGAAAAACAAAACCGAUUAAUAUUUAAAAACCUCUGGAGCGCAUUAACUAAUAAAGAGAUCCAGAUCGUUAAAAAGCGUAA